CUUCUUUCUGUCCUGGGAGGUGUCACGUUCGAGAGUUUGUUAGCCGUUUUGGCUCAAGCUGUCGAGUCUCAAGGCCUUGCUGGCAAGUGGGGCGUGCCGACGCGUGCGGCACCAUGUCGCUGCUCUGGGUGGACAAGCACCGCCCGAAGAGCCUCGACGAAAUGGACUACCACGAUGACCUCACGGAGCGCCUCAGGCGCAUCGCCAAGUCGGGCGAGAUGCCACACCUGCUGAUCGCAGGGCCCCGCGGGGCCGGGAAGGCAACGAGGGUACAGGCGCUCUUGCGCGAGAUUUACGGGCCUGGCGCCGAGAUGAGGAAGGUCGAGACCCGCCAGGUGGCGCCGAACCCGAACACGCCCUCGAACACCAUCGACAUCCAAGUGGUGGUUUCGAACCAUCACCUCUCGGUGACGCCCUCCGACAUUGGCAACAAGGAUAGGGCGGUGAUAAUGCAAUUAAUCAAGGAGGUUGCCCAGCACCCUCCAAUCGGCGGGCACACAUUCAAGGUGGUGGUUAUCGAGGAUGCAGGCUGCCUCUCGAUAGAUGCGCAGGCGGCACUGCGGCGGACGAUGGAGAAAUUCAUGAAGACAUGCAGAAUCAUCCUCACCUGCGACAGCGUCUCAAAGAUCAUCGCGCCAUUGAGGAGUCGUUGUCUCCCUAUUCGAGUGGCAGCCCCCUCCAACGAGGAUGUUCAGAGGGUGCUGCAGAAGGUGGCUGCGAAGGAGAGCGUGAAGCUGGCUCCAGAGUUCGCCCACAAGAUCGCAGAAGCAACAAGCCGGGACAUGCUGCGGGCAUUGCUGAUGAUGGAGUCCGCGCAGGCACAGGCGAAUUCGAACUCCUUGGGCAAGGAGAUAACUUGCCCUCGCGAGGCAUGGGAGCAGGCGAUCGACAAAGUGGCGAAGAAGGUGCUCUCGGACCAGAGCCCGAAGAUGGCGAUGGAGGUGCGGGCGAACGUCUACGAGCUUUUGGCUGCCUGCCUGCCGCCAGUAUUCAUCCUUAAGGAGCUCUGCAGGAAGCUUGUGGCGGAGCAGCACUCAGAAAGCCUGAAGCAAUCCACGCUGGCUGCGGCGGCCCAUUUCGAGUCCACCAUGAACCACGGGACAAAGGACAUCUUCCACAUCGAGGCGUUCGUGCUGCGCUUCAUGGCCGACUACAAAGCCUCUGUCCAGCGCUGAGGCGGCAUGCCCGCAUCGGUAGCCUCGUCCCACUGUCGGGGGUCGAUGGUCAGGCGCAGGCGAUGCGAGCGCUGCCCGAAUGACGGUUGGGGCAUGCACAGUGUCAGACACCGGAGUGAUCACUGUGCGUCGACAUGUUGUCGGGUCGGAUGUAUUCUGCCAGGGGACAGGCAAAGCCUGCGCCAGGACGUAUACGUGCGUAGAUGUCUCCUACUGCUCCUCUUCGCCCUGCCUCCUCCUUUUCGUGCUCCAUACGAAAUCACGGACAUCAGUUUUCAGCACAGGAACUCUUC